UGUUGUUCAUGACACACGUGUAGAGCAGGGGGACAUACUGAACUGAGAGUGUGUCGGAAUCUGGACAUUUUUCGACGGAGCUUCAAAAAGCCAUCAGACGACAGCUAGACGUUUAGUUCUGGGAAAAGGAGAACGUUUAAGCGGUCGGGGGAAAAGAACGGGUGUCGUAUUUCGCUCGUGUAAGUAAGCUGUUAUUGUCGCGGACUCCACUGCAGCACACCAACCAUCUGUCUGACACAUUCUGGCGAUGAGGGAAGGGUGUAGAUGGGACUGUCUCAGCUCUGAGCCAUGGAAUACUCCCUCCGUCCGCCACUAGCCUGCUCUUCUCCACAGACUGACCUCCAGACGUUCAGUUAGCGACACGUUGCUCCCCUCCAUCUGAACACAACCAGGAAGGGGAAGAAGUCACAGCAGAGCUCCGUACGCACAGAGGGAAGGAUUUACAGCUCCUCUCCAACAUAUUAACAGCUAGCUCACUUUAGCUAGUUAGGGCUUCGUUGUCCCUUGUUUUCUCUGUGGAUUUGGGAUUUUUUUAGAUUUUUAUAGAGAGUCAAGAUGGUGGAUUUACAGGAGUACCUGUGGAUGGUGAUCCUGGGCUUCGUCAUAGCCUUCAUCCUGGCGUUCUCUGUUGGGGCCAACGACGUGGCCAACUCGUUUGGGACGGCGGUGGGGUCGGGGGUGGUGACUCUGAGACAGGCCUGUAUCCUGGCGUCCAUCUUUGAGACUUUGGGUUCCAUGCUGCUUGGAGCCAAGGUGGGGGAGACCAUACGGAAAGGCAUCAUAGACGUCAACCUCUACAACGAGACGGUGCCUGUUCUCAUGGCGGGGGAGGUCAGCGCCAUGGUCGGGUCAGCGAUUUGGCAGCUCAUCGCCUCUUUUCUCAAACUACCCAUCUCCGGGACGCAUUGCAUCGUUGGAUCGACCAUCGGGUUCUCCAUGGUGGCCAUCGGCACCAAGGGUGUCCAGUGGAUGCAGCUGGUCAAGAUUGUUGCGUCCUGGUUCAUCUCUCCCUUGCUGUCUGGACUGAUGUCGGGGUUCCUCUUCUUCCUCAUCAGACACUUCAUCCUCAGUAAGGAUGACCCUGUCCCCAACGGUCUCCGUGCCCUGCCAGUGUUUUACGCCUCAACGAUAGGCAUCAACGCCUUCUCCAUCCUCUACACUGGCGCUCCAUUGCUAGGUCUGGAGAUGUUACCGGUGUGGGCUAUAGCUCUGAUCACGCUGGCGGGGGCUCUGGUCUGUGCUGCCGUGGUCUGGUUCGCUGUCUGCCCCUGGAUGAGACGGAAGAUAACAAGUCGCAUGAAGAAGGAGCACGCUGCCUUGUCACGUAUCUCAGACGAGUCCUUAGAUCAGAUCCCAGAGGAGGAGGAGGACACUCCCGUGUUCAAGGAGCUACCGGGCGCCAAGAUGGCGGAUGACGCUGUGCUGCCGUUAACGGGUGGCACCGGAGGAGAGUCACGGAGAGGAGAGGCCACCGGGGAGCUCAACAGCCUGGCCAAUGGAGGCACUGUCCUGCCCAACGGACGGGUCUACGGGCGGACCCACUCCAUGACCAACGGUACCCUGUCCAUGUCCAAGUCCCCACUGUCCAACGGCAGCUUCACCUUCGGUGGGGAACACAUCCGCAGCGACGGCCAGGUGUACCACACGGUUCACAAGGACUCUGGUCUCUACAAAGACCUGCUCCACAAGAUCCACCUGGGACGACUGGAGGACGACCACUCCGCCCCCACGCCAGACAACAACUACCGCCUGCUGCGUCGCAACAACAGUUACACCUGCUACACGGCCGCCAUCUGUGGCAUGCCGGUCCAGCCGCUGAUCCGCUCCGAGUCCCGAGAGGCCCGAGAGGACAGUGAGAAGCUGGUGGGGGAGGGGGAGAGGUCGGGAAGCGUGUCCUACACCAAGAAGAGGGUCCGUUACGAUAGUUACUCGUCGUACUGUAACGCCGUGGCGGAGGCCGAGAUCGAGGCGGAGGAGGGCGGCGUGGAGAUGAAGCUGGCGUCUGACCUGGUGGGCGAGGAGGCAGGGGCGCCCGGGGCUCCCAUCCCACUGGAUGACUCCGCAGAAGAGGAUGAAGGGGAUAAGGACAAGCCGACCGUCUACCUGCUCUUCCACUUCCUGCAGAUCCUCACCGCAUGCUUUGGAUCCUUCGCUCACGGAGGCAACGACGUCAGUAACGCCAUCGGCCCGUUGGUGGCGCUGUGGAUGAUCUAUGACCAAGGCGGGGUGAUGCAGGACGCCGCCACUCCCAUCUGGUUGCUGUUCUACGGGGGAGUUGGCAUCUGCUGCGGCCUCUGGGUUUGGGGGCGCCGGGUGAUCCAGACCAUGGGCAAGGACCUCACCCCCAUCACACCUUCCAGUGGAUUCACUAUAGAGCUGGCUUCAGCGCUCACUGUUGUGUUUGCUUCAAAUAUCGGAAUCCCAGUCAGUACCACACACUGCAAGGUGGGCUCGGUGGUAGCGGUUGGCUGGAUUCGCUCAAAGAAGGCGGUUGAUUGGCGGUUGUUCCGUAACAUCUUCCUGGCGUGGUUCGUCACGGUGCCGGUGGCGGGGCUGUUCAGCGCUGCGGUCAUGGCCCUGUUCGUCUACGGCAUCCUCCCUUACGUCUGAGGAAGCGAGGAGAGAGGACAGAGGGAGGAGAGAGGAGAGAGGACAGAGGGAGAAAAGAGGAGAUGGAGUGGUUAAUUAAACUGUGUAGAGAGGAGAAGGAAAGAGUUAGAUCACACGCUGCCUGGGUUCUGGUCCUGAAGAGGGUUAGAUCACACGCUGCCUGGGUUCUGGUCCUGAAGAGGGUUAGAUCACACGCUGCCUGGGUUCUGGUCCUGAAGAGGGUUAGAUUACACGCUGCCUGGGUUCUGGUCCUGAAGAGGGUUAGAUCACACGCUGCCUGGGUUCUGGUCCUGAAGAGGGUUAGAUCACACGCUGCCUGGGUUCUGGUCCUGAAGAGGGUUAGAUCACACGCUGCCUGGGUUCUGGUUCUGAAGAGGGUUAGAUCACACGCUGCCUGGGUUCUGGUCCUGAAGAGGGUUAGAUCACACGCUGCCUGGGUUCUGGUCCUGAAGAGGGUUAGAUCACACGCUGCCUGGGUUCUGGUCCUGAAGAGGGUUAGAUCACACGCUGCCUGGGUUCUGGUCCUGAAGAGGGUUAGAUCACACGCUGCCUGGGUUCUGGUCCUGAAGAGGGUUAGAUCACACGCUGCCUGGGUUCUGGUCCUGAAGAGGGUUAGAUCACACGCUGCCUGGGUUCUGGUUCUGAAGAGGGUUAGAUCACACGCUGCCUGGGUUCUGGUCCUGAAGAGGGUUAGAUCACACGCUGCCUGGGUUCUGGUCCUGAAGAGGGUAAGAUCACAUGGGUUCUGGUCAAGAGACUUGUUGACUUCUAUGCUGAAGGAAUCUUGUUUUAUUUUUUUAUUUUUUUUGCAUUAAAAAAACUAAUAUGUUGAAUCUUAUAAAACAACCUGCUGUACAGAUGCAUAUUAUGGACAGACGUGUUAUGGACAGACGUACGUUAGCACACUAGGAUUCAACUGUUUUACAGGCAAUAAUAUGAAAAGACAAAAUGCAGUCAACACAAUGUUUCGGUCCUCACUAGUUAACACAGUUAAAAUUAUAUUUUAUCUUUAUAUAUAUAUAUACAUACAUAUCUUUCAUUGCGUUAAUAGCGGCUGCCUGCAGUAGGAGACAACGGUGUAGUCGGUUCAGUAGCUAUCCUUAAUGCCCAAAAUAUAUAUAUAUAUUUUUUUACAUAUUGUAAUAUUGGUUUACAAUAUGCUUUAGUUUUUAAACAAAAGAUGUGUGUUGUUCAACCAAACCACUCUGACACUUCAUAGCCUACCUUUACCUUUACUGCCCUUACAUGCUAAACAGGAAGGUAGGUCUUGUUGCCACGGCGACCAUAAAACCCUCCCAGGGUGCUGGGAUUGCAAAACAAAAAUUAUUCCAAAUGUACAGUACCAGUCAAAAGUUUGGACACACCUACUAAUUCAAGUUAUUUUUAUUUUUUUACUAUUGUCUA